UACACGUUCGUCUUCACGCAACAAAAUUACUACAGACGUCACAUUUUUUGUACGUCUCCAGACCAGUUCACGCAGUAGCGCUGCGUGCUUUUGACGCUGUGUUGCAUCCGCCAAGGCCUGAUUGGAUUCCGCGAAAUCUCUGCCUUGUCUGCAGGUCCUCUUUCGCCGCACGUUCCGCCCUGUUCCCGAAUCUUUUUCACGGAUUCGCAUUAACUACCGACGGCCGCGGAUACCAUCACUACCACCAUGCCUGCGAUACGUGGACAAGACUCCAAGAAGAAGACACGGCGACACACACGCGAUCUCGAUCAGAUACACGCCGACUUGCACGAUGAAAAGCAUCUCGCCCAAUUCAAGGAUGAAAAAUUUAUAGAGGACCUGCCAGGACUGGGGCAAUGGUACUGCAAGGAGUGCGCAAAAUGGUUCGAGAGCGAGGCCAACCUCGGGGCGCAUCAGAAGGGCAAAGUGCACAAGCGACGAGUGAAGCAGCUUCGCGAAGAACCGUAUUCCCAGAAGGAGGCAGAGGCGGCGAUAGGCCUCACAACAGACAAUGGCAAGCGCACAACUGCGCCUAUGGAGGUCGAUGAUGAGGUUGUCGCGAACUGAGCGUUCAUAGGGUUGGGGGUCAGCACGUAUGAAAAGAUAUUACAAAGAUAUACUGGAGGAAGACAUGUGCUGCAGGCAUCAACAGGCAAACACUAGACAUGUGCUGCCUGAGAGUGAAAAUUUCACCUGGGACAUGGUUGCAUUGCACGGCGUUCAAAUUGG